GAUCUAUUUUAACGUUUAUCUAUGACUUUUGUUUUUGGUUUGCUAUGUAGGUAUUAUGAUUUUGAAUAAAAUAAAAACACUGUGAAAAUCCCAAGGGCACUAUUUUUUUAAAUUUAGGUAAACGCGAAAAGUACUGUAAAUGAUCUAGGAAGUGGUUUAUACAAACGAAAUAGAAUAUGUUGAAUUUUUUUCCAAAAUACGUCCGUAAUAAUGUGUUGACCAAGUUUGAAGAAUGUCAGAUGUGAUGGUGAAAUAAUAACGGUACCUACACUUAAUCAGUUUUUAUCCUACGAUAUUCGGCGCAAUUAUUUACUUCCAUUUAGAUAGUUUUGAAUAAUUAUACAACAUGUGGAGCCCUACUCAUGUUCAAGUUACAGUGCAACGUGCCAAAGGUUUACUCACUAAAGGAAAGCAUGGAAUGAAUGAUGCUUUUGUGACCAUUGCACUAGGCAAGGAAAAGUAUCAGACAUCUGUCAAAGAGAAGUCGGGCCCAGAUGUGGAGUGGCAUGAAGAGUGUGAUCUGCUUAUUCCGAAACAAGGAAAUACAGCUGAAUUAGUUCUCACGGUUUUGCAUCGCAGUUUUCUUGGAGUGGAUGAAUUUUUAGGUGUAGUCAGCAUACCAUUAGCAGAUUUCGAUGUGUAUGAAAGGCCAAAGAACAGGUGGUAUGCACUCAAGAGCAAAACCAAGAAAGAAAAAGAAAGAGGCGAACUGGAAGUUAAAAUAAGUUUUUUAGUGAAAGCUGGCAGUUUAAUGGACUUGACCAAGAAGGAGAAACACAAAUCGUCUCUUGGCCAGCUUUCACACAUAACCCACUCAAUAGGGGGAAGUUUGCUGAGUAUUGGCAGUUUGGAGAGAAAGAAAGGGCUGAAGAAGUUAACAAAGUCACUUGGUAACAAAAUUUCAUUGAAACACAAGAAGGAUAAAUUAAAAAGUUCUGGUAGUGUUGAUGGCUCAGAGCAGACUUCUCAGGUUGUGGGUGAUGCUGACCCAGGGGUCAUUAGCGAAGGAGAGAGUGAAGAUGGAUUCACGUUUGAUGAAUUGUCUCACAAGAGUUCUGGGAGCUCAUUGAACAUGAAUUCUUCAUCAACUGUGCGUGUUGGAGACUCUCUGGAAAAUUUAGCUGGUGGUGAAUUUUUGAGAAGAACUUCCAGCAUUAAUUCAACAGAUGGUGGGCCACCUCGCCCUGCUGCAACAGGCAAGAAGGCUGAUGAGUGGGAACAGAAGCUGUAUGGUAGAUAUGGAAAAGAUACACUUUUUAAAGCUCGAACUUGGGAUGGUUCCAAGAUAGCCUCAAACAGUCCCACAAAGGAAAAUGACCACAAAGAAAGCACUGGGAGUCAAAAGUCUGUGACUUCGAGCCCAGUUUUAAAUCAUUCUCAAGAAUGUGUGAAGUCAUCACAUGAAGGAUGGGAUCUCCAUGGUAUUAAAGAGGAAGAAGAAAAGGAAAAUUUGAUUUUGAAAUCACAAAAAGUAAAGCAUUUGGAAAAAAACAGAGAUAUCAAGGCCUCAGAAGUUUUUUCCAAUGAAGUCAGAACUAAUGGGACACACAAUUUGGAUUCAACAUCCAGUUGUCGGGUUUCUCCUGAAAACCUUCAGAAGUUCAAUGGGCAUUCCAAAGAGGACUUGAUUGAGUUGGUGUGUGGUCUGCAGAGCACUGUGGAGCACCAGAACAGAAAACUUGCCCACAUCGAGAACUAUAUGAAAGACCUCGAGGAUUACUUGGAUAAUUUGCUGCUCAGAGUCAUGGAAACAACACCUCGCAUCCUGCAGAAUCCUUAUGUCACGUAUAAAAUGGAAAAAAAGUAUGGAUACUGAUUUCAGAUUGUGAAGUACUGAGGUUGGUGUUUACCAUAUCAAAACUACUUGUUAAUAAUGAUGGUUCCGGCAAAUAAGUAAUCAAGACUAUUUAAUUCACAUGGUAAACAUUAUUUGUAACAGAUUAAUACCCCUUAGGUGGGUGAAUAUUUUUUAUAUGCCAUUAUACCAAAGUUUUAUGUAAGUAAUGUAAGUAUAUUUUUAUUUAUAAACUGAGAAUAUAUUAUUCUUUUGUUACUUCUUAAAUAGCAUAGUACCAUGUGAGUGAAGUAUGUACAGUACAAUCUCAGUGAAGGUGGCAGUUGGAAAAAAAUUUAUUUGCUAAAAAUCACGUAAAUUUAAAAAAAAUAUAAAAUAGUGUAGCUCUUUUUAUUUUCCCUUGUGUUCUAUGGGAGAAAUUCCUCUUUUUCACUUGAAAUUAUCAUCCCUGUGACAUGCAUUAAAACAGAAACAAAAUGUUGUCAGUGUAGUUGGCCAGUCGUAUUUGUGUUCUUUUAUAUAUCCAACUGGGUGCUUGAUGGAGGGAGGGAGGAAGCAAAUUUCUUGGAUGAUUUUCAUUUUCACAACUUUUUUCAUGUUAAGUGUCUGUUGCUUGUAAUAUCUGUUCAGUGACCACUUAAAUCAAAGCUAGCACGUGUUGUGAAGUGUGAGUUGUUGUGUUGCAUGUAUCUCUCAAAAUAUUUUAUUCAAAUAACUAGAGGAAUGAAAGUAUUUGUGCAAUUAAAGCUGUAACUGAGAUAAAAAUUACAAACAUUUUCUCCAGUUCUGGGUAAGCCUAAAAACCAUUAAUCUAAAUAUUUAUGCAAUGAGUUUUAAUUACAUACAUGGUUUGGUUACUGUUAACUUCUUACCCUCAACUGUUCACGAAUGAAAAGAUAACACCAAUUUCUGAGGCUUGCGCAAUGUUCACGAGAUUGGUCCUAAGAGUCAACACACUGAUUUUACUAUUGGGAAAACCAUUCUGUGCUCAGGAAUGAACACUACACUCGAAACUGCCGUGAAUUUACUAGCUGCUAGAGCUAUGACAUUCACAUCCAUGUGACACAUUAUUAACACUGAUCUGCUAAUUGUUAUGUAAAAUGCCUUUUAAAUCCGAAUAUGACCCCCAUUUUCCCGCCAUCACCCACCAUUUUUGGGGAUUUUCCCCCCCCCCCCCCCCACUUAAUUUUUAUUACUUUUUAAUAAUUUGGAUGGAUGAAAAGGAUUAUUUUAUUGACCUUGACAUUUCUUCUGAGGGGCUACAGAGGUUAAACAUUCUAAAACAUGAGCAUUUGUAGCAAGGAGGUAGAAUCAGAGGGUGGGGUUAAUUUGCCUCCUUAAAUUAAAAAAACAAAAUAAUUUAAAAGUUUAUUUUUCCAGUUUUUUUUGCAAAUUUUUCACUUGUAAAGGAUAAUAAAUAAAAAGUAAAGCAAUAAAUGUAAAAUAAUUAUUUUUUUACUAUAAUAUUUAUUUAUUGUAAUAAAUGUAACAAGUAAAGUAAAACAUUUAAAGAAUAAUAAAUAAAGAAAAGUAGAUUCAUUUGGUGCUUGCCUUCCUUUUGUACCAUGAGGUAGAAGUUUCUCAUACCUAAAACCACAGUACUCUGCCAACAUGCUCACAUUCCACUUCCUUGAAAAUCACCUCUCAAACUCAGUGAUGUCUUGAUGAAACCAUUCCCUGUGUUCAUCCAAAACUGCUCCUAAAUUUUCAGGAAAUAAAUCCAGGUGUGAGUGAAGAAAAUGCACUUUGAGAGAGACAUGUUGCACCCCAUCAUGGCCUUGUAUGUUGACAGCAAUUCCUCAACAUGAGCGACAUAAUCAUCACUUUUGUUGCUACCCAAAAAUUUCUCAACAGGUUUCAGAGUGCUAACCAAACUAGCUUUUCUUUUUGAUUCAGGUGUUCAAUAAAUGUUGAAUCUUGGAAAAGUUGUCUAAUUUGGGGGCCCAUGAAAUUACCUUCCUUGAUUUUAGCCUCAUUGAAAUGAGGAAAUUUUAGUUUUCAAAAAUCUUGUCCAUUGCUUUCACAAACUGUUUGAUCAAUACGAGUUUGAUGUGCAAAGAGGCAAGUAAAUAUUUUCCUUCGGGACCAGAGGAUCAUGAGUGACAUUUUUCCGACCGUAGUAUAACUUUGUCGCAGAGGCUAGUUCCGUACGCUGUAAUGUUUGUCUUGGGCUCGGCUGUCCCAUUCACAUAGGGAGCAGCUGUAUUUUGUGAAACCUAAUUGCAGGCCAGUGAGUAGAGCAACAACUUUUAAGUCAACGCAAAGUUCCUAAUUAUAAUCAUGAUAACUGAUUUGAUCAAAGAUUUAGAUGAUAUUUUUGUACAUCACCUUCGUAUCCACAGACUCUGCAACUGGGACUGAUGCUAACUCAUUCCCAUUGGCCAACAGGACAUCUUUCAAGCUCACCUUUGAUGAGUCUAUAAACAGUCUCCCUUUGUCUGGGCCACAUGGCAUCUUCAGUUCUAUCAUCAAUAUCAUCAAUGCAUUUGAAUUAGGGCAGAACAUUAAGCCUUAAUCUUAAAAAAAAAAUUAAUUUCAUGGUUGACUGCCUGGUCCUGUGGGAAGAGAUUUUACUGCCUUUUCCAAGAGAUUCCACGCUCGAAGAAGUUGAUAUUUCUUAGGUAACCUUGAUGAGAUAAUUCAGUUCCGACUCUUUAACGAGGUGAGGUUGUCGAUGAACUGAAUAUUCUUCAUCGUUGGUGGACGUAUCAUUUGAUGGUCCAGGCUGUGGCUCUAUGGUUUUUCAAAUCUGUUUUUGGCUCUACAGCAUAGGUUUUUGGGGGCACUGAGAUUGGCAAAGAUUCAUUGUGAGGAACUGGUCUUAGAGCUGAAGGGAUAUUAGGAUACUGAAUUUUAUGCUUACUUUUGCUGGAGAACCUGAUGGUGGAAGUCAUACAAAAAAACAAUAUGUGAAAUGACAGCGAGGUUUGCACCAAACAAUGGGCACUGCAAAUGGCAUUAAUUUACGGGUACCUUUAAACCAUUUGGUCAAGCUACUGUAACAAGUAGUGCAGAAAACUGUUGGAGCCCAAUCCUUGUCCUGAUCACCAACUUGGCAAUCAAAGUAAAAUUUAAAAGCAGUUUUUAAGAAGUGGAGAAAGGGGUUUUCGUUCCGCUUUGUAAGUCAAUUUCCCGCAAACAUAGCAGAAGCAGUCUGUAUGAUUUUUACACUUACGUGGCAUAAUUAAAUAGUAAAUCAAUGCUAGAUAUUAAACACAACUCGCACUCACGUACUGUAAUCACUUGGAAAAAGCCGGAUUAAAAACAUGUCUACCAUUUUACACAAUGGAAACAACUUGGGAAAAAAUGCCUGCCUAGAAAACAAGACAAGUUGACUAUAUAAUCGCUAUAGAUGCACUGAGGAAAGAUAAGGAUUACAGUGCAGGACUAUAGUGACAAGAGCAAUGCAAGUUUAAACUUUUCAAAACAUUAAAAUUCCUUUGCAAACGUGUGCACGCGAGGUAUUGAGAGAGCCAGCGAGGUACAGUGAAUCUUCCAAAUUGUUGCCAUAUAUUUGUAUUAUUGUUGCUACAUAUUUUAUUAUUGGGUGUUUGGGAUAUAUAUAUAUAUAUAUAUAUAUAUAUUGCAAUUUAAGGGGGGAAAUCCUCCCCCCCCCCCCCCCCA